UUCGCCUCCCCAGUGUCAGUUGAAAACCGCCGCUGGACGCCAUCUCUUUCUUUCGCUUUCUUCACCAUCAUUCUUCUGCAAUUCCGCUGCUACCCGACCCGUUCUUCUUCCUUUCCAGGUCAGUUCCUUUUCUCGCCGCCAUGAUUGUUUCAGAUUCCGAUUCGGCUACCCCAUCGUCCAAUUCUCGCCAAGCCGAUCAAUCGGCCUCUGGCCGCAACCCCGGCCACACUCAAUCACCCCAGCCGUCACCGUCGGCCGUGUCUGGCCAUAAACGGCGUCGAUUGAGGAAGCAAUUCCCUUCCUCAACCCCGGUAGAUGAGGGCUCGAGGGUUGGAUUGGACGAAAACAUCAUGGCGCAGUGCCAUUGCCAGAUUACUGACCGGGGGUUCGCCGAUGCUACUGACAUGGUCAGACCUUCCAUUGAAGUCAUGAGACCUACCAGCACCCAAACCGCCCUGGACGCCCCUUCAGGGUUCUUCACGGUCCAUCUGGCGUCUUUGAAGAAGGGGCUGCGCUUCCCACUCCACCCGCUUUUGAUCGAAUUCCUCAACGUGGUGGACCUUCUUCCGUGUCAGUUGGUCCCCAACUCUCACUGGUACAUCGCCGGUUAUUUGGUCCGGUGCAAGGUUGUAGGGGUGAAACCAACUUUGGACCAUUUCCUAUUCACUUUCAAGCUGACCAAGGGCCAUAAGGAUUGGGCGUCUUAUGCCAGCCUUUCCCAGAGGUCCAGUAAGCUCUUUGCUAGUGACAAGAAGGGGUCAACCAAAGACUGGAAACCCUUCUUCGUCUUCGUCUCGACGGGGCCCGAAUCUCCUUUCACGGGUUCAGGGCGCCCCUCCUUCCGCUGCAUCCCAUGCCCCCCACCUGAUGCCACCCUUUUGUCCAUCACUCGCCAACUCUGCAAUAAGGGAGUUAUGAACAUCAAAGAGGUGGUGACAGAGGAAACCCUUGCCGGGUUGGGGUUUGAGUUUGUUCAGGAUGAGCUUCGCCACCAACCCGACCUGCUGAGGGACAUUCCCGGGGGGCAUCAUCCUGACCAGCUGAAGGACAUUUCUGAGGAAGGUCUUGACUGUGGUCCUUUUGUGACUGGCCAUUCCCCUCCCCACUCUGUGAGGCCGGGUGGCGACCUCGCUGGGUCGUCACAAGGUGUUGCCUCGGAGCGACCUCCUUCGCCUCCCGCGGUGACCUACGAGGUGGCGACCGGGGGUCGCUCGACGAGGCUUUGCAUUCCUCCUCUGCCCCUAAGCUUAGGGGACGUGCAACUAGAGACCCUGAUCACCCUGCCCGCGGAGGACCAAGCUCGCAUCUCGGCCGGUUCUGAGGACGACCUUGAUAACAUGGUCCUCUUGAGGCUAAGCCAGGCCACGCUGGGGAUGAUCGAGGUGGUUGGUAGGAGACGGGGUCACCAGGCUGCCUUGGGCGAGGCGUUGAAGACAUCGGAGGCCAAGAAGAAGGAAUUGCAGGAGGAGGUCGCCCGACUCACAAGAGAGCUGGGGGAGAAGGAAGAUCGUUGCGCGGCGCUUGCUGCAGAGAAAACUUCCAAGGAGAACCGCUGCCAGUUGGAAGUGGAGAGGAGCGACCGGGUCCGCCAUGCAGAGGAAGCGGUAGAAUCCUUCAAGUCUUCUCCUGACUUCACGAUGGUCGCGAUGGAGCGGAUGGAAGAGCUAAAGGCCGCUUGGCUCAAAACCGAACCUGGGGCUCAAUGGAUGGUCAAGGAGGGGACCAAGUCCUUCAAUUGUGGACUCUUCCGCGCCCAACAGGUCUUCCGCGACAGACUGGCUCAGCUCCCCAAAGGAUUCUCUCUUCCCGACCUUGGCUUCCCUCCUCCCUGCCGUUCCUUGGCCGAGUUCGACCCCAGUCCUUAUCUGGACGGGGGGAGCUCGAGUGCGUCGGAAGAAGAGGAAGAAGAAGAAGUGGAAGGCAGUCAGGGCGACCAGGAUCCGGGGACCAGCUUAGCCACGUCCAAGGCAGACCCUUACGAAUUCUGCCGCCGGUUGCCUCGCCGGCAGUGGUCGUCGGUAAAACCGCCGCCACUACCACCAAACCCUUAUGAAGACUUCAGUGAGGCGUACAAGGCCCUCUCCGCCAACCGCCUGCCUAACGGGCGGAUUGAUUGGGAUGCUCCAUGCCCCCUUCAUUCCCUGCAAUGCAUGGCCUGGGAGAGCUUCCACGAUGAGCACUUACCCCUCCUGGAGCAUGAGUGCGCAUAUUACGCAAGUCUUGAACGAUGGACUAGCGAAAGUCGCACCAAUUCGCCGGUGAGACCUAAGGAGGAGGUUGUGUUGGGGGAAGAACUGGGUUCCAGCCUACCUCGCCCCACCGGCCACUCAACUCCCCGGAAGACCCUUAGGCGACCUGGAGUAGCUCGAGCGGCUUCAGGAUCUCCAUCCUCAUCUAGGUGAUGCGGCUUCAGGAUCUCCAUCCUCAUCUAGGUGAUGUUGGUUGGGGUUCACGGAGAAGUGAGCCGUCCUUCGUCCUUCCUUGGUAUUUGAAGGGCGGUGGGUUUUUGCCAAGGCAGGGGGCGACCGAUCCCGUUCCAUGAUGGGGAAGAGAGGUGGUCGUCUUGGACGGCCGGUGAUCGGAGUUCUGCCGGCCUAUACAGCUGCAGAACUACCCUUCAAACCUGCCUGUCCCCCCUAGCUGCUUACAAAGUUUUAGAUUGUUCUUUUCCAUUGUAAGAAAAGUAUGGAAAAGUA